AUGGAUCUCUCGCAUUUCGACCAAGUCGUCGAAUCGUGUCUCGAAAAAUUGAUGAAACCCGAUUUGGCCUUCUACAGGCUGGUUGAGGCCCGUCUAGGCCUCUCGGGCCCGGAUCUGGUUUUUCUGGAUGAUUUGGAGGAGAAUCUGGAGGCCGCCAGGCAAUUGGGAUGGCGCACUAUUAAAGUUGAGGAAGAUGUGAGGCCGGCGAUUCGAGAGCUUGAAGAAUUGACUGGGCUCGAGUUUUAG